AUGAGUAAUACCAGAACACAGUCAAUCAAGGAAUUGGCCCACAAUUGUGGGCUACUUGUGGAUACCUCAAUGUGGAGACGUGAACAGAGUAAUUUCUACUAUCCCACUGCUAUUCGUGGGUCAAAUCACCAAACUAGUGAUAUGUCAGACGCCUUGACGCAAGAAAGCCACGCGGAUAGUCCUGAAAUUGCUAUUUUCCUGUGGGACUACGGACGGCGUCCAGUAAUAUCAACGGAUGAAGACUUACAACGAUAUCACUAA